AUUUCCAGUUCCGGUUCUUCUUGCAGUAGCCACAGAGUAGAGGGAGGAAAGAUGGCGGCAGCCGAGUCCGACGGAGAUCCACCGUCCGCUUCACGUUCGGAAUUCCUGAAUUUCUCCGCCAAAGACACCGCGUCGCGGUGGCUGGCAGCAGCCGACCUGCAGCAGGAGGUGUACCGUCACCUGGCAGUGUAUGUACCCAGAAUCCUUUGUCUGGGUCCGAGUGGGGGCAGCAGCAGCAGGGAGGAGCAGAGGGAGGAGCAGAGGGAGGAGCUGGCCUGUCAGCUGCUCCUCCUGGCUCCUAUGGAGUGGCUCCUGCUGGGGGAGGAGCCGGCGGCCGGCCUGGCUCAGCUGCAGGAGAACAACCAGCCGUCACCGCUGUGUGGACACGUGUUCAAGGUCGGGGAGCCCACCUACUCCUGCAGGGAGUGUGCGGCCGAUCCAACAUGUGUUCUGUGUAUGCAGUGUUUCCUAGGCAGUGUUCACAAAGAGCAUCGAUACAGGAUGACCACAUCAGGAGGUGGAGGUUUCUGUGACUGUGGAGAUGCUGAAGCCUGGAAGAAGGGUCCUUACUGCCAGAAACACACACCGACCGACAACAGCAGAGACACAGAGGAGGACCCCGUAGCUCAGCUCCCCGCUGACAUGGUGGCCCGUGGUUACAGCAUCUUCUCCAUAGUCCUGAAGUACGCUGUGGAUCUGCUGACCUGGGAUCAGGAGGAGCAGCUACCUGCAGGACUGGAGCCACUGGAGAGAGGAGACACCUACUACUGCAUGUUGUUUAAUGAUGAAGUCCACACCUAUGAACAGGUGAUCUACACUCUGCAGAAAGCUGUCAACUGCAGCCAGAAAGAAGCUGUCAGCUUCGCCACCACUGUCGACAGAGACGGCAGGAAGUCAGUUCGAUACGGAGAUUUCCAGUUCUGUGAUCAGGCCAAGUCAGUGAUAGUGAGGAACACCAGCCGUCAGUCGAAGCCUCUCCGGGUUCAAGUGAUGCACUCAUCUGUUGUAGCUCAUCAGUGUUUCGCUCUGAAGGCUCUGAGUUGGUUGGGACAAAUCAUUCAGUACUCUGAUGGACUGAGGAGGAUCCUGUGUCAGGUGGGACUCCAGAAAGGUGCAGAGGGAGAAAACUCCUCUCUGGUCGACCGACUGAUGCUCAACGACUCCAAGAUGUGGAAAGGAGCGAGGAACAUCUACCACCAGCUGCUGAUGAACAGUCUCCUCAUGGACCUCAAGUACAAGAAGAUCUUUGCCAUCCAGUUUGCCAAGAGUUAUGAACGAUUGCAGAGCGACUACGUGAAAGACGACCACGACCGUGAGUUCUCCAUCACUGACCUGUCAGUACAAAUAUUCACCGUCCCGUCGCUGGCCCGGAUGCUGAUGGUGGAGGAGAACUUGAUGACCACCAUCAUCAGGACGUUUGUGGAUCACCUUCGUCAUAGAGACCUGCAGGGACGCUUCCAGUUUGACCGCUACACCGCCCAGCAGGCCUUCAAGUUCGGACGAGUCCAGAGCCUCAUUGGCGACCUGAAGUACGUCCUGAUCAGUCGUCCCUCUGAGUGGAGCGAUCAGCUCAGGAUGAAGUUUCUAGAAGGUUUGGACGCGUUUCUGGAGCUGCUCAAGUGUAUGCAGGGUAUGGACCCGGUGGUGAGACAGGUGGGGCAGCACAUAGAGAUGGAGCCUGAGUGGGAGGCAGCGUUCACUCUGCAGAUGAAACUGACUCACAUCAUCUCCAUGAUCCAGGAGUGGUGCUCUGCUGAUGAGUGUGUGUUGAUCGAGGCUUACAGGAAGUGUCUGGGCGCGCUCAGUCACUGUUACAGUGGCCUCCCAGACGGUGAGCAGCCAAUCAGUUUGAGCCUGGCCGGUCACAGCGUGGAGACGUUCAGGUACCAGGUGUCUCAGGACAAGGUGUCCAUACACCUGCCGGUCUGCAGGCUGCUGGCAGGGCUCCAUGUUCUCCUCAGCAGGACUGAAGUGGCCUCUCGUUUCCCUGAGCAGCUUCCUCUGGGUGAACUCAGCCCCCCCCUCCUGAUCGAACUCCCCCUCCGCUGCCUGGUGCUCUGUGCACAGGUGCAUGCUGGGAUGUGGAGGAGGAACGGCUUUUCCCUGAUCAACCAGAUUUAUUAUUACCACAAUGUGAAGUGCAGAGUGGAGAUGUUCGACAAAGACAUCAUCAUGCUGCAAGGCGGGGCAUCCAUGAUGGAUCCAAACCACUUCCUGAUGAUUGUUCUGAGUCGAUUCGAACUGUUUCACAUUUUCAGCUCUGCAGACGUCAGGAAGAGAUACAGAGAGGCCAACAAGGAUGUGGUCCAGCAGAACAACACUCUGAUUGAAGAGAUGCUUCACCUCAUCAUCAUGGUCGUUGGUGAGCGGUACGUGGCAGGUGUCGGACAGGUGGAGCCGUUUGACGAAGUCAGAAGAGAAAUUAUCCACCAGCUGUCGAUCAGACCAAUGGCUCACAGUGAGCUCGUGAAGGCUCUACCUGAGAAUGGGAAUAAGGAGACAGGUCUGGAGAGAGUCAUCGACGUGGCUUCAUUCAAGAAGCCAGGUGUGACAGGUCGGGGUUUGUAUGAACUGCGUCCUGAGUGGAACAAAUACUUCAACCUGUACUUCCAUCACUACAGCAGAGCUGACCAGUCCAAGGCUGAGGAGGCUCAGAGGAAGCUGAGGAGACAGAACGGAGAGGACACAGGUAAACACACCUGUCUGUCUCACACAUCUACACACCUGGCAUGUGUCUCACUGGUCACCUGUGACACAGACAGGAUUCUGAAUGAAAUGUUGCAGCAGACCUGCGUCACUGUGACUUCCUGUUUUGUCCUCUGGCUUUGUCUGAACCAGAUCUAAGUGAGUCUGGACCUCAGAGGCCUGUACUAUGAAGGGAGUUUAACCUCCUCUGAUUUAACUCAGGUUAUCAAUGAAAGUUGGGGGUGACAAACUAAAUGGUCUUAAAUGGUAUGGCAGUGAUUAAGAUGUCGGUAAGUUGAGUUGGUGUUAAAAUAAUGGACAAUAACGUCCCCCCACCCCCAUUUAAAGGAUUAUUCACAUCAAUAAUA